AUGGUGGAGGCCUGGGAAUGUCUUGCACCUGACUGUACAAGUGGUGGAAAUGUCAUCGCCGGCUGCAUGUUCUUGUCUCCAGUGCCAACAUUUGUUGGGAUAUGCAAGAAAGGAUCAGUGGAACAAUACUCACCCGUACCAUACCUAGCCACGUUGAUGAACUGCAUGGUUUGGACUCUCUACGGGUUGCCAAUGGUGCACCCUCACAGUUUCCUUGUGGUGACCAUCAAUGGUGCAGGAUGUGUGGUUGAGAUCAUCUAUAUCACACUCUUUCUCAUAUAUUCUGACCGUAAAAAGAGGCUCAAAGUCUUUCUUGGUUUACUAUUGGAGCUUAUUUUCAUUUUCCUUCUCUCAUUUGUUUCAUUGACUAUGCUUCACACUGUUAACAAACGUUCUGCUGUUGUUGGGACCAUAUGCAUGCUAUUUAAUAUUGGCAUGUAUGCUUCACCUUUGUCUAUUAUGAAACUAGUGAUCAAGACUAAAAGUGUUGAGUUCAUGCCGUUUUUCCUAUCUUUAGCUUCAUUUGGCAAUGGUGUUUCUUGGACCAUUUAUGCUCUCAUUCCUUUUGACCCAUUCAUUGCGAUACCAAAUGGGAUUGGGACAAUGUUUGCGGUGGUACAAUUGAUUCUAUAUGCAUCAUAUUACAAGUCAACCCAAGAACAGAUAGCAGCAAGGAAGAAUAAUGGAAAAGGAGAGAUGAAUCUGUCAGAAGUGGUAGUUGGCAUGAGUAAUGCUACUGUCCAAGACAACAAGAAGAUAACUGCUAUUGAUCAUUCUUCUCCAAGUGCCAAAUGACUAUUAAUGGCACUCAUGCAUCCUCUUCCUUUGCCCAACCCAUUGAGUCAUUAAUUAAUUAAUUAAUUAAUUAUGAUCUUAUAGUUUUUGGAUUGAUUCUUGUAAUCUUAUUUCUAUUUCCAGCUUAAUUUUCAUUUGUUAGUUACCAUAUCUUCAACCUUAGCUUGUUACAGACCAACACAUGAAUAUAUGUGUUGUUUUGUUACUCUUUGCCUUUUUAUUUCUAGUCUAUGUCACCUAUUAUUAGAUUAGUCCCAUGCAUCAUAUUUUUUCAAUAAAAUUCCAUUA